AUGGAGAGUGAAACAGUUGUUGAUCUACCAGAAUCCACCUCCGAUACGGCGAUCUUACACCAGACAGAACCACAGACGAAUCCCACCACCACAGAUAAUCUUAAAGAAGCGACGGAGUGUCUAAGAUCUCAAGAUUCCGUAAUCGAUACCAAGGAAGAUUGUGUGGACGUUCAGGAACGAUUAUCCUUAAAGGAAUCUCUUGUACUGCCUAGUUUGGACAGACUUAACACCGACUUGAGAGCGUCUCAAGAUUCUUUAGACAAGGUUGCUGACGGUGAGAACAAUCCUGUUGUUUCGACGGACCCUAUUCAUUUUGUCGGUACCGGCACGUUUAUUCCAAUCGGAACCGUUGAUCGUAACAACGAACACGAAAGUUUUUAUUUAAACCGGGAAGACAAACAGGAUUUGGAUUUGUCCGAUUCCGGAAGUUACACAGAUAGCCUUGAACCGGACGAUAAUAUUCCUCAUAUUAAUCUUCUACCAAAAAGAGUCACUGCCACAAGUGAUCAGCCGGAAUCGGACCAGGUGGUGGAUCCUGAAGCCGAUCAGGUGGUUCCCGAGGUCACGGAAACGGUCGUAAAGAGAAAAAGACGACGGAAAUCAAGACUUCCUGUACCCAAAGGUAUGACGAACGUGAAGAAGGCUGAAGCAUCCAAAGAGGAGAAAGCUCCCCAAAAUAACACGGUCUCUGAGGAUGAAGUAGCAGAGAAAAUCGACAACGGAACAGAAAAAACCAAAAGUGAAAAAGAAACGGAGACCAAGCCGAUUGAAGAUGGCGUCAAAUCCCAAAAUGUGCAAUUAGCAAAUGGUACUCCUGUUAAAGAUUCAGAAAAUGGCGACCUAUCGGAAGAAACAGAAAAGAUUAUAACACAGUUGGACAAGUCAGAAGCUAAUGGCGUAGGAUCCGAUAAAUCGUCAGGAAAACAUCCCCAUACAUGUAGCCAGGAAAGUCAUCAUGCAGCUGUACAAGCACAGGGGGGCCAAAAGAGCAGUUCUACUCCAAAAUGUCAGAGAAGUCAAUCCAUUGAUGAAAAGGGUUCCGGUUCAAAGAAUUCUAGUCGUUCGAGCAUCACAAGGCGCGAAACAAUCGAUAUGGGAGAUACAAAGCCAGUGUGUGCGGCAAGGAAUCUUAAAGAAACCAAAAUGGAUUUGUAUAUGAACUCCAACGAAGGUCUUUUGAUUCCGCACCAGCAGCUAACAACUCCAACAGGUACCCCCGUUCUUAGGGAUACAAUUGCCAGUCGUUUGAGGAUUGAAAAGGCUCAUAAUGAACACUUGGAGCCUGAGAAGUCGCCUUUAGACUAUCUGACGCCGUUUCAACGAAAAGAACACGCCAUUAAGGACCUGAAAAGACAGAUGAAGAAUCUGAAUAUACGUUUGGAUGAAAAAGAUUCCGAGAUAGCUCAGCUUCGGGAAGGUCUUGGUAAGGAGUCUCGGGAUUUACUGUCAGCCAAAGAUGACCAACUUACUAAAUUGCGAAAGCAACUAAAUGAAACGGAGUCGAAAUACGAGGAACUGAAGAGGUCGUACGAGGAAUCUGUGAAAACUGUCACCAAUUUGGAAGCCACCGUGAAGGAUUUAAAGGAUUCUAUAGCAGAACAGAAUCGUAAAAAUGAUGGUCUGUACCUAGAAAUGUAUCUAAAAGGGCAGGACGCUGCUAGAUAUGAACGAGAGGAAGAGAUUGAGCAGAUGGCUGGCAGUGUAAAUGAUAAAGUUUUCAAGAAAACGUCCACGACUCCCGAGGUCAAUACAAAGGAAUUAUUGGCGAAAUUAAAUAGAACACAAUCAGAGUUAGCAAAAUGGCAGUCAUUAAGGCGAGAAGAGGCAUAUCAAGAAGUGGACCGACCGGAAACGGAAGCUGAAGCCACUCUGAGGUUUUUACGGGAUUCAUUCUUUCAUUAUAUCACCGACAAUAAGGCCCAAGAUGACCACAUGCGAGCUAUGAUACAAAUUUUCAAGUUCACUGACGUUCAGAAAAAGAAAAUAACCAAGUCAUUGUUGGAGAAAAAGACUAAAAAGACUUAA